AUGCUGCAUGGCCUGCAGCCAGUGAUACCCCUUCCUGAUGCCACUUGCCUGUUUUUCAGGGUGAAGCAGAAGCCUGAAAGAGAGCACAGAGGACAGUUCACAUUCCUGGGAGAAGGAGUCUGGUUUACCAGGCAAUCUGAGAGAGGAGCGUGGAGGACAGCAAUCACAGCAGGCGUCCCCACAGCAGGUUCUACCAUGGUAUCAAGAGAGCAUGUGGGCAUCAGGAUGGGUCUACUGCAACAGAGGUGCACCGGGCACCUCUUCUGUGCGCUGACCCUACUUGAGGCUGCCGGGACCUUGGCCUUGAUGUUUUAUGCGCUGCUGUGGGAAUCUGGGAAUCUGGUUGACCUCCCUGACAAACGCAUCGGCUUUUAUAACUUCUGCCUGUGGAAUGAGACAGCUGGGAAGCUGCAGUGCCUGGAGUUCAAGCAUCUGCAGGUGAUGGGCAUCAGCCUACUAGGAAUAGUUCUAGGCAGGAUUUGUGUGUACACGUGUCUGGUCUUCAGCAUUUUCUACCCUAUUUUUGUUGCACAUGUGAAGUGCACAGAGGAGAGAAAGGGCUGGAAGGUGAUCCUCAUCAUACUCAUCAUCAAGACAACAAUCCUGUUUGGAGGCCUGACUAUGUUUCUUUUCCAAACCUCGGAGUGGAUUCACCCCUCUGAUUUCACUGGGGGCUUCCUGGCAUUGCUUGGGACUCAGGCUCUGCUACUGCUCCAGAUUCUCACUGUCACUAUGUACCUCAUCAGGGACAAGCACACACAUCCUUGUCAAAGCAGCAGAGGCCCUGCCCACUGAGAUUCAACAACAAAGAAGAUGCAACAGCUAUUGAUAACCUGAAUUAAAACAGCAAACCCACGACAGCUUUAGUCACUGGCAGGAAUUUGUUCCUUAGUCCAAAGACCCAUGUCGAGCCAUGCUCUGGCACACGGCUGUGUGCAGCUCUCCUGCAGCGAGCAGGCAGCAGACACCAAUACUCACAGCACAGCGUUAAAACUUCACAGUAACAGCAGCGUGUAACACCCCCUGCGGCUUGGGGCACAGCAUCAAGGCAACAGCAUUCCUGGCCCUGACCCGGAGGACAGUGGACAGAUCAGAACGAGCACACAGUGGACACAGCCCUCUGGACAUAUCUAGCCUAAGAACAGGCAGUCAGAGAAGCAAACAGGCUUCCUUUCUUUGAGUUGCCUAAAGAGACUCUGCUCCUUCUCCACAUUCUGGACUAACCAGGGGUGCCUUCGAGGCAACUGUGACUUGAGAAGCUGUGGCUUCACAUUGGUGUCACAGCAGUGGCAGCCUCAGAUGUGCACUGCAGGUACUCUCUCGAGCAGGACCACCUGUACUUCACCUGCAGGAAUAAUACCUGGGGUGACCCUGCUUUAGUUCAUUAGGGUGAAGUGGCCCACAUCCAAUCCCAGCAGCAGCAGAGCACCUGGAGUGGCAGCCAAGCAACUUGCUGAACACUGAACAGAACCCUAAAGAGGAGGGUUUCCAAAAGGAAGCAGAGGAUUUGGGUGCAGAGCUCCAGGUUUGUCUCUACUGAUAUUACGAAGCUAAGCCCAGCACUCCAGCAGCCUUUGAGACUCUAGGAGAGACUGGAUCUAUCUGAGGGCAGCUCAUUGCAGAGCCAGCUCAGUGCAGCCCAAAACAUACCCCAUGCAAGGGUGUGCUCAGGGAGCAGGGCCAGGGCCACUGCAGGCUGGGGUGCAGUGCCCCAUCUGGGCCAUCACAGCCACAACACUUGAUGGAGUCUGCUAUGGGAAUGCACAGCACUACUCCAUGGCAUGUCUGUAACCUCGCACAAACCUUGCCUGCUUUCCCCCUGCAUCCCCUUCAGGCACAUGAGGGUCCAUUUUCGCUCCUGCUGCAGUCUUUGGGGGGACGUGGCUGGUGAUGCUGGUUUGACCGAUUCUUCAUUUCAGUAAAGGCUCUCGCACCUGC